AUGGAUCUGCAAGCAAAUUUUGCUCAGAUUUUCACGGAGUUUCCCGGGCUGCCGCCUUUCCCGGACGAUGUUCCCAUAGCACCGCUUCUUCGGCUGUCUCUAGCGAAGCUGCUCUCAGGAGAUACAGCAGAAUGCGAGCGACUUUACGAAGCAUCCGUGGAAAUUGGUUUCUUCUAUCUGGAUCUUCAAGAUUCAGAACAUGGCAUUUCUCUCCUUGGCGAUGCAGAUGACUUAUUCGGUGUCGGUGAAAGGUUAUUCGAGUUAAGCUUGGAAGAAAAGAAGAAAUACGAUUUUAGUACGCAGAACUCGUAUUUCGGAUAUAAGGGCCAGGGGGUUGCAGUCGUUGACAAACAAGGAAACUUGGAUCGGAAUGAGUUCUAUAAUAUAUCCAAAGACGAUAUCAUGGGGAUUACGGAUACUCUACCAGCACCGGAAAUCUUGCAUGAAAAUCGGAGCACGACCAAGUCGUUCAUGCGUGGCUCACAUGAGAUCGUGAUACUUAUUUUGAAGAUUCUGAAUAACAAACUCAAUCUGCGAGAAGGAACCCUGCAGAGUUUGCAUCGGCUGCAAGGUAUAAGCGGCGACCAGGUGCGCUUCAUAAAGGCACCACCCCAGCCAGUGGACGACCGACGUACGGCGCUGGGACAGCAUACCGAUUUUGGUAGUGUCACAGUGCUUUUCAACCGUCUAGGUGGACUUCAAGUACUCCCACCCGGUGCGGAUGCUGAAUGGGUAUAUGUGCGGCCCCUGCCGGGUCAUGCGAUUGUCAACCUGGGCGAUGCAAUGGUGAAGUUCACCAACGGCCUGUUCCGGUCUAAUAUCCAUCGAGUUGCGGCACCACCUGGGAUUCAGGGAGACUGGACGCGGGUCACAGAUAAUUCCCCCCUCGAAGAAGGCCAGGAAGAGGAAGAGAUCAACAGCAAAGAUUGGAUCAUUCGACGGGCUCUGGGGAGACGUGUUGACCUUGUCGAAGAUAUUGAUUAUGAGAAGGCUGCAGGUACGGAGCAAAUGAGUCGACGAAUCAAGGUGUAA